AUGGGGAUUUGGGCCCUGCUGCUCCCUCUACUUGUGACCGUGGCCCAGGCCCAGGUCUGCUCCGUGAACGAGAGCUUCUUCCAAGUCUAUGAGAACAGGAGUCCCGAGCAGCCCCUCCUCGACAUCUACGUCCCUGAGGGCCAGCAAGUGACCCUCGGACCCUCGUCCAGCCGUUUCGCAUUUCGGAUCCAGGGGACUCAGCUGUUUCUCAACGUGACCCCGGACUAUGAGGAGAACUCAAGGCUGCAAGCAGUCCUGGAGUGCAAGAGGUCUGACACUGUGGUGACGCAGCUGAGGGUGUUUGUGUCGGUGCUGGAUGUCAACGACAACCCGCCCAGGUUUCCCUUUGUAGUCAAGGUCCAAAGGGUGCCAGAGGACACUAAAGUGAAUGCCGUCGUCAUCCCCGAGACAGAGCUGAAGGCCCAGGACCCCGACAAAAAUGACAUCCUGUUCUACACCCUCCAGGAAGUGACCCCGGGUGCCAGCGGCUUCUUCUCUUUGGUGGGCGUGAACCGCCCAGAGCUGCGGCUGGACCGGUCACUGGACUUCGACAGGUGGCCGAACAUGACCUUCCAGCUGCUGGUCCGGGACACGCGAGAGGAGAACGUGGUGCCCAGCCACACGGCCACGGCCACCUUGGUCCUGGAGGUGCAGCCCGCCGACCUGCGGCCCCCCUGGUUCCUGCCCUGCACGUACUCUGACGGUUUUGUCUGCAUCCACGCCCAGUACCACGGGGCUGUGCCCACAGGCCACAUACUGUCAGGACCCCUCAUCCUGCAUCCUGGGCCCAUCUACGCCGUGGACGGGGACCGGGGCAUCAAUCAGCCCAUCGUGUACAGCAUCAUCAGGGGAAACGAGGACGGCUCGUUCUCCAUUGGUGCCGACACAGGCAACCUCACCAUGACCAAGAGCAUCCCCAGCCCCAAGACCUUCCUUCUACUGGUCAAGGGCGAGCAGGCAGAUGGCGCCAGCUACUGGGUGACCCAGGUCACGGUGGAAGCCCGGGCCGCCAGCGGGAGCCCGCCCCGCUUCCCCCAGCGCCUGUACUGUGGCACCGUGCCCCUGGGCUCUGGGAUGGGCGUGGCCAUCAGGGAUGCAGCUGCCCCCUCCCAGCCUCUGAGGAUCCGGGCCCAGGAUCCCGAGUUCCCGGACCUCAACUCGGCCAUCACGUAUCGGAUCACCAACAACUCUAACUUCAGAAUGGACGGGGAGGCCAUGCUGACUGGGGCUUCACUGGUGGACGCCGGGGUCUUCUAUGCAGAGGUUGAGGCCAAGAACACGGUGACCUCAGGCACAGCGACCACGGUCGUGGAGGUUCGAGUCUCAGAACAGGAACCCGCCCCCACAGGCCCCCCCACGUCCCCAGAGACAGCAGGAACAACUGGAGCCUCCAGCGGCACCACGUCGGAAGCCCCCUGGUCCCCUGAGCCCUCUCGGGGGUCCUCCACGACCAGCUCUGGGGGGGACAGCGGCCCGCAGCCCUCCUCAGGCACAAGUCUGAGGCCUCCGGAAGAGACAGCAGGAACAACCGGAGCCUCCAGCGGCACCACGUCGGAAGCCCCCCGGUCCCCUGAGCCCUCUCGGGGGUCCUCCACGACCACCUCCAGCGGCACCACGUCGGAAGCCCCCCGGUCCCCUGAGCCCUCUCGGGGGUCCUCCACGACCAGCUCUGGGGGGGACAGCGGCCCGCAGCCCCCCUCAGGCACAACUCUGAGGCCUCCGCCCUCCUCCACGCCGGGGGGGCCCCCCAGUACGGUAACCAGCCCCUCCCCCCCAUCAGCCUCGCCCAGUGGAGGCUCAGCACAGACCUGGAAACCAGGAACCUCUCUGCCAACGUCCCCUGGGCCCAGCUGCACCCUCCAUCCCACAGGGAUGCCCGGGACCGGAGGAAGCAGCCCGGCAGUGGCCAGCUGGCCAGGUGGAGGCCCCGCUGAGGACCGGUGCUUCUCGGGGGUGGAGAUGGCGGCACUGGGCGGGGUGCUGGGUGCGCUGCUUCUUCUGGCUCUGACCGCCCUCAUACUCCUCGCCCACAAGCACUAUGGCCACCGACUCAAGUACUGCUGCGGCAAAGCGCUGGAGCUCCAGCCCCAAGGCUUUGACAACCAGGCCUUCCUCGACAACCCCGACGAGGCCAACCGGGCGCCGGCUCCUAGCCCCUCAUCCAGUCCCGUCCCACCGGCUUCCCCAGAGCCUGCACCCCCAGAACCCAAGCCCCCCAGCCCGGAGACCCUCCGCCGAGUCCCCGAGUCCCCUGCGGUGGCCCUGGAUGGGGACGGCCCGGCAGCUGUGAGGUCCAUCCUGACCAAGGAGCGGCGGCCCGAGGGUGGCUACAAGGCGGUGUGGUUCGGCGAGGACAUCGGGGCCGAGGCCGACGUGGUGGUCCUCAACACGACUGACUCGGAGGUGGAUGGUGCUGGCGACGAGGGCAGCGAGGGCAGCGGCGACGAGGGCGCAGAGGCGGGCCUGCGCGGGGGUGCCCAGGACGCGCCUGGCUCCGACUCCAUCUACCUCUAG